AUGUCUCUGAAGCAGGAAAUCGAAACCUGGGUGGCAGCCCUCGCCAGCUACGACAACAACGAAUUCGACGUCGCAUUGAAGGUCUUCGACCAGAUCUCCGACACUUCCAAGAUCUUGUUCAAUUGCGGCGUCAUCCACGCGACUCUCGGCGAACAUGAGAAGGCGGUCGACUGCUACCAGCGCGCUGUGCGGCUGGACCAGUACCUCGCAGUCGCAUACUUCCAGCAAGGUGUGUCCAACUUCCUUAUGGGCGACUUCGAGGAAGCCCUCGCCAACUUCAACGACACACUGCUGUACCUGCGCGGAAACAACAACAUCGACUACGAACAACUGGGCCUGAAGUUCAAGCUGUACUCUUGCGAGGUGCUGUUCAACCGUGGUCUCUGCUACAUCUACCUGCAGCAAAGAGAGGCCGGUCUCCAGGAUUUGUCCUUUGCCGCCAAGGAGAAGGUGGUUCCAGAUCACGAUGUCAUCGAUGAGGCUAUUCGCGAGGAAGCAGACGGCUAUACCGUCUUCUCCAUCCCCGUCGGCAUCGUCUACCGUCCUAACGAAGCAAAGGUCAAGAACUUGAAGACAAAGGACUACCUUGGAAAGGCCCGUCUCGUGGCUGCAUCUGACCGAGCCAACGCCUUCACUGGCUUUGCUGGUGCCGAGAUGAAGAAGGGAGGCCAGGCCGCGACGGAUGACCGAACCGAAGAUAAGAUCUCGUAUGCCGCUACCAACCUGGUCAAGCCGGAGCUCCAGAGUCGAGCACGCCAACAGUCGGAACCCCCGAUGAACCGUAACAUGUUCCCUCCCACACCACCCCCGGAGACGGAUCGCAGAGGUGGCGAAAGGGGAUCUGGAGGUAGAGCCGCCGAUGCUGCUCCUUCCAACGCACCAAUGAGCCGUGCCCAGUCCGUACGAGGCGGAGGUCCCAAGCCUCAGCCAUUGAACCUUGGACGAGCUGCUUUCGACCCACCCAGAGACGAGCCUCCUCGUCGCCAGCCAACACAACGCUCUGCGUCUGAGCGACCGCCACCCACUCGCUCCGAGUCACAGCGUGAUCGUGGCGAUCGUUCUGAUCGCUCUCAGCGUGGCUCUCAGCGAGAACGUGAGCGAUCGCGUCGCCGUGGCUCUGACGAAGACAUUCUCGAUGACUACUACGAGAAUGAUCCAUAUCCGCCAUCACGCGGAAGUCGUGGCGCAAACACUCGCUCAAAACAAGCGAGACGGCCUGCGUAUAUUGAAGAGGAGGAGGAAGACGACUACGACGGUAGUGAUCUCGAUGACGCCGAGUUUGAGAUGAUGUCACGCUCAAAGUCGUCUAGGAGACGUUCGCCUGCGCGCUCUACUAGAUCGGGUGGCAGCACCCGUGGUGGAGGCGGAGGUGGCGGCAUGAAGGUCAGGGUGAAGGUCCACUCUAAUGAUACUCGCUACGUCUUCAUUAGCGGUGACCAGCUGAUUACCGAAUUCUGGCAACAGAUUCGCGAGAAGUUUGGAGUUAGGAACAAAUUCAAGGUUGAAUUCAAGGAUGAUGGCGACAUGAUCACCAUGGCCGACCAAGACGAUCUAGACAUGGCUAUCCAGGCAGCCAAGUCUAUUGCUAAAAGAGAGGGCAGCGACAUGGCGAAGAUGGAGGUUUGGGUUCGAGAAGUAUAGACUAGAGAUACCCCAGCAUGAAUCGCAUAUUUACGACACCAUUUACAUUUCCUUGCUCACAACUCUUCUUUCCGAGUUUUUGCAUAUUUUGGUUUGGGGGGGAAUGGGAAAAUACAGCCGCCUGAGCGCAGCGCUGCGCCGCUUCCCUUUUGCUGUUGCUGUUCCUGUUGUUGUUGUUGUUAUUGUCCUUGUUGCUGUAAUUGUAGCGAGCAUAAUUUUCCUCGACGAAUAUCUUCUUCCCACCACCACAGACACACAGAGACAUUACACUCUUUCUCUCUUCUCUAAAAAACACAGCCGGACUGUUGGAUCCGAUUCGAACAUUACUUUUUGCAUUUUGUACGAAUCGGGAAUAUAAUGAAAUCACUAUCCUUUCUU